AUCCCCGUUCUCCUCUACCAUGAUAGAUAGUCUUACGCAUUUGAAAACACAGCUCAAUCCUUUUCACAUCUUUGGUUCUCCGCCGUCGCCAAGGUCGACGGGGGGUCGCACUACACCUCAACCUGUGCGGCCUAUCAUUGAGUACAGCCCGUCAUAUUCGAGAGCCACCAGCCCAUCGAAUCAUGUCGGUUUUAUAAACUACGAGUCUCGUAGAGGAGGCGCCGGGUGUAUUGGAAGUCCUGAGCUCAGGGCUCCCUCUUCUCCUCUGUACCAAGGAUCCGUUACUACAAGAAUAGAUGCCACGCCGCCGUGGUGCCCUACAAUUGCCCCGCCUCCGGCGAUCAAGUCGGAUUUGACGUGUGCAGACGCAGUCCGCACGCGGUUCAUGCUGAGGAAGAUCCUUCCGAGUCGUGUUGUGGAUAGGAUCCUUAAAUACGCCGAGUGCUUCCCCACCAUCUCCCAGACCAGUGGCAAGAGAGUCGUCGUUGACGACGACAUUCUUGUUCUUUCGGUCCCCCUCACCCAAGCGCAGUGCGACAGGAUCAUGCACGUGUCUCUUCUCAUUCGCGGCCACGACCAGGGGUGGCUCCCGGUACUCGAGGGCGGCCCGUCCAAGAACUCUUGGACGUGGUACACUAUGUGUACGGAGGAGAAGCUCGACCCUGAUCGCCACCUUGUGAAGAACCGCGCUGGUGAUCCGAAUACGCAGACAUACAGAUACGAGUGGAGUGCCACCUCGGACGAGGUAAGUAAGAUUAAGGAAGGCAAGAAGAUCGAGAUUUGGGCGCAUGCAAGAUACUUCGGGUGGAAGAAUGUCGUCGAAGAAGCCAAGGUUGUCAUCCGAUUCCAGCCUUUGUUGACCUCUGAUCUUGCGAGAUAAUCUAUGCCUAGCACUGUUCACGUUGGUUCACUUUGUCGCUAGAUGGUCGUCGACAUGACAGGUACCGACGGCUGUGCACGUUCUCAGUCUCAACUAUGUACCCAUUAUGUAUGCAAACUAUCCCCACGGCGUCAAGAUAUAACUACUCUUCUUGUGCUUUCCCCUAUGUUAAUCGAUACAAUACAUCGACCUUAC